AUGAAAUAACAAUCAUCAUAAUAGAUAAAUAAUUACUUUGCAAAGAAAUAGAAAAUUUAAUAGAAUAAGGAGUAGAAAGAGAUUAAAUGCUUAUUUUAAUAGAUGAUUAGGGUUUCUAAUAUAAAGCGAGAAGAUAUUUUGCAAAUAAAUGUUCAGUACUACAGGUGUCCUAAAAAAAUCUGCUCUUCUACUUUUACUUUAUAUCCAAAAAAAGAAUAAGAUCAAAUAAAGAUAAAAUAGCAUAAAUCAAAUAAUAAAGCGAGUUGGAGUAUUUAAGUAGGUUAGAUGACGAUGAUUAUAAUUAUUUAGUUUAAAUUCUUAGUGUAGAUGAUAAUGUCUUAUAUAAAGGAUAUUAGUAAUGCGAACCCAGUAGAAAAUAAAAUUCUCAAUAAAUAUGAUAAUAAAUCUAAUUACAAAAAUACAUGA